AUGUCAAACGAUUGGGAAAGUAUUUUCGCAAACAAGCAGGACACGGAGAGUGUUAUGAAACUGGAAAAGAACGCCGACUGCCUGAACGAUUUUGUCAAGGAGCUCGCAAAGCUUCGUAAUGAUUCUUGCUUUUGCGAUGUUACCCUCGUCGGAAAGGGUACGAGAAUAAGCGCCCAUCGGGUCAUCCUCGCAGCAUCAUCGGACUACUUCAAAACAAUCUUUGCGAACGCUGUGACUGGAAGAAGCAUGGGUAUGUUAAUGUUUGUAAUGAAAUAUAAUGUUAAGAGGCACAGUCCGCGUUACCCAGUUUUGUAG